AUUUUAUUAGUAAGAAAGUGUUCUUCGAAUAAUUAUUAAAUUAAUGUGAAAAGAUUACAAAAUAAAAACUCAGAUUGCCUUAAAUCGAUUUAUCUGUGUCUGGACUUUUCUUUUUUGUUUAAAAUUAUUAGAAAUUUAACCGGAAAUAUACAAAAAUCAAAUUUAGUCAACAAGUGGAACGUAGAAUUGUUAGAAAGAGAAGGAAAAAAACUUGUUUGAAAUCCCUAUAAACAUUUGACUUACAUAGUGUACUUUUAUGUGUCGCCUUACCUUUCAAAAUUUAUAUGCAUAAAAUAAAUAAAUAACGAAAAAAUAAAAGAUAUAACCAUAACAGUAUAUUUUACACAAAACAAUUAAUAACAGUACGAAGAAACCCUGAAAAAAAAGUCUUGAUUAUGGUCUGAUCGAUUAAAUUGAUUUAAAUAUGUCGAUAAAUGAUAAAAGAAUGUUAGAUCGGGAAGCUUUACGUUCUGUUAUCCAACAGUGGAAUGCUAAUAGACUUGACUUAUUUGAAUUAUCAGAGCCAAAUGAGAAUUUAGAGUUUCAUGGGGUUAUGAGGUUUUACUUUCAAGAUACAGGACAAAAGGUGGCCACAAAAUGCAUUCGAGUGGCUUCGGACGCUACAGUAGGAGAUGUAAUCGAAACUUUAAUUGAAAAAUUUCGGCCUGACAUGAGGAUGCUUUCUGUUCCGAACUACGCAUUAUAUGAAGUGCAUGCAAAUGGUGAAGAAAGAAAGUUGAGUGUAGAUGAAAAACCAUUACUUGUGCAAUUAAAUUGGCACAUUGAUGAUCGUGAAGGAAGAUUUCUUUUAAGAAAUUUAGAUUCCAAGCAAUUGGCAGAAGGAACAAUUGAAGCAACACAAUUUAAACGUAAAUUAUCCAAACGAGAGAAAAAAGAACAGAAAAAGAAAGAAAAAUUGUCCAAAAUUCAGGGCGAAGUAACAGAUGAAAAUCACGUUGCUGAAAAACUGUAUACAGAAUUACCUGAAACAUCAUUUACCAGAUCGAUUUCUAAUCCAGAAGCUGUAAUGAGGCGUCGAAGACAGCAAAAACUGGAGAAAAAAUUACAACAAUUCAGAUCAAAAGAUGGGGGUCCAGAUACUGGUGGAACGCUUAAGAUAUAUGGCGAAAGUUUGUGUAGAGAUGUACCAUAUAAAACUUUGUUAUUAUCUAUACGAGAUUGUGCUCAAGCUGUUGUCAGGGAAAUGCUUGCAAAAUAUGGAAUGGAUAAAACAGAUCCACUGAAUUAUUGUUUAGUACAAGUGAACAGCGAUGGAAGUGAAUACAUUUUGGAUGAUGACGAGUGUCCAUUGUCCAUUCUUAUGAAUCAUCCAACGUCUAGAGGUUCAAUAAUGUUUCAUGUUCGAAGAAGACCAUCAGAUAAUAAUCAAACACGACGUAGAAAAAAGAAACCUUUAGGAGUUGCAAAUGGGAACAAUAACUUGUCUACUGAAAGAGAAGGACCUGCAAUCAUCGAAGUGACACAUAGUGGUGACGGUGGAAAACGAGUUAAACUAACAACAGAUCCACUUGAGAUUGGUUCUGCUAACACUAAUGCAUUGCAAGUUUUUGGGCCUUCAAUUCAACCAAGACAUUGUUUGAUAUCUUUGCAUGAGGGUGUUUGUACUGUAACUCCUCUUCAUGCAGAUGCAAUAACAUUUGUUAAUGGACAUCAUAUUACACAACCCACAAUUUUACAUAACGGCUCCGUAGUAAUGUUUGGUCGUGGAGCAUCGUACCGUUUUGUAGAUAUACCUUCAGACGGACGUUAUAAUUUAGCUUUAUCACAAUCACAGUUAGAUUCUGCAUAUAUAUAUGAAAGUCGAUCACCCACUACUCCAACUUGGCAAGAUGAAACAACAAAUGAAAACAAGUCAGGAUAUCAUCACAGUAAGCUAUCCACACCCCAAUCAUUUUUUUUAUCUCGAUAUGAUAACUCAGAUGCUGGAAGCUUAGCUUUAGAUAUUCAUUCCUCAACUAUAAAAAACUCUAGUACUUGUCAAUCAACUGAUAUUGCGUGUUCUAUGAGCAACAUGAAUUCUAAUGCGAACAAUGAUGAAACUAACGACAUGAUGGUAGAUAUUAGCACUGACAAUAAAAUUGAAAAUGAAGGACACGAUAUAGAAAAUGAUACGAAGUCAAUGAUAAGUAUAAAAUCAACAGGAUCUCAACAAGACAUCAGAAAUCAAAAAGUUGCUGAUCAGCCACAGGGCCAAGAACAAAUACUUCCUGCCGUUUUAGAGUUUCCAGAAUUGCAUCAGGAGUCUUUUUUGCGUCGAGUCAUCACAGAGCUUGAUGUCAAUGCACCAAACUUUAAACUAGCUCCAGUUUAUUCUCUUUAUCUAUGUGCUAGAUACCGUGCAUCUACACAUUAUCGUCCUGAACUGCAACCAACUGAACGGGCUCAAAAAUUAACAAUUUUUUUACAUCAAGUUGCCAAUGCAAUAUACCAUUUAGUAUUUGAACAACGUAAUGACCCUAAAAUACUUUCAUUCUGGAUUGCAAAUGCUUCAGAAUUUUUGCACUUUUUGAAGUCUGACCGACAUAUCUCUGCGUUUAGUGUACAAGCUCAAGAAGUAUUAGCUGAAAGUGUUCAAAUUGCAUUUAGAAAUUUAGUAUCUAUAUUUUGCAUUGAACUUUCGCAAACUCUUAGCCAAUUUUUGUCUGAGAAUAUAGACCAUGAUUCAGCUGCUGGAUUAGUUCUUUCUGUUCUUGGAUCAGCGAUGGCAUUGCUAAGGCGGUGCCGUGUUAAUGCUGCACUCACCAUUCAAUUGUUUUCACAACUAUUUCACUACAUUAAUGUGUUUUGUUUUAAUAAGUUUGUAACAACGUCUCACAUGUGCACUAGUUCUUGGGGAAAGUCUCUUACUGAACGGCUAAAUAUUCUCGAGAUUUGGGCUGAAAAACAAGGGUUAGAAUUAGCUGCUGAUUGUCAUUUGGCAAAGAUUAACCAGUGUGCUCAAUUUCUACAAGCACCAAAAACAUCAGAGUCUGAGGUCAAACAGUUAGCUUGUACUUGUUUCCGUUUAAAUUCUUUACAAAUGGCUGCUCUUUUGUCACAAGAUACAAUUCCACGAAGUCUUAUUGAUACUGCAAUAUUAAUGGCAGAAUCAGUUGCUGAUGAGUUGACCAGGGCUGAUGGGCGUGAAGUAAGAUUGGAAGAAUCUUCCGAGCUUCCUUUGACCUUAUUGCUACCCGAUGAUGGUUUCAGUUGCGAAGUUGUGCGAGGUAUUCCAGCUGGAUUAGUUGAUUUCUUAGCACCUCUUCAAAAUGCUGGGAUGUGUAGACUUGCAGCUCAACCAACUAGCAUUGGCUUAUGGACAGUAUACAUGCAUCAAUUUAAUGACCGUUCACAAAGUGUAAUGUCCAGUAAAUUACCACAACCAGAGAUUCAAGUAAUCAAGUUACAUAAAAACUCUAAUGGAAUGGGACUUUCUAUAGUAGCUGCCAAAGGAGCCGGACAGGAAAAGCUUGGAAUUUACAUAAAAUCAGUAGUACCAGGAGGAGCUGCUGAUAUAGAUAACCGUUUGCAGGCGGGGGAUCAAUUGUUACGCGUCGAUGGACAAAGUUUAGUUGGAAUCACUCAAGAAAGAGCUGCAGAUUAUCUUGUACGUACGGGAGCAGUUGUUACUCUGGAAGUAGCUAAACAAGGUGCCAUAUAUCAUGGAUUAGCUACAUUAUUGCAGCAACCAAGCCCUAUUACUCAACGUGGUGGUCGAAAGUUGAAUGAUCGUAUUGAUUUUUCUGUAAAUAAUGGUGGUAAACCACCGCUACCCAAUAGCAAAUCCGUUCCGUCUCUUCAUCAUGGUCAUGUCAGUAAUUCAACAGCAUCAAUUAAAUCUCGUAGCAUUAAUAAUUUGAUGGGUAGCAUUAGUAAUACCAAUCCUAUUGAUUCUAGUGUUAAAAAUAAUAACUUUGAUCAAGGAUUUUAUCAAAAUUUAAGUGUUUAUCGUUCAGCACAACAAAAUCAGAACCACCCUCAAUUAGGUGAUAGAUUACCUAAUUCUACUCAGUUUUCGUCAAAUUCGACAACGAAUGUCCAACAACAACUUACAAACCGUCCAUUAUCUGCCUAUUAUAAUACUAAUAUUAGUUCAACACAACACAACAAUAUUCCUUACAAUAUGUCUUAUCAAGGAAGUAUUAGUAGUGUAUCACAGCCAAGUUUGAAUCAAGUUGCAGCACAACAAAAUUUACAACCUCAAAUAACACGUCCUAAUAUUAAACCUACUAGUAAUAUUGAUAUUAAAAAUACACCCGGAAGACCGACACAAAAUGCAAUGAUGGCCCCAAGUAUGCCAAAUAUAACACAUACAAGUGGAUAUGCCACAAAUAUACAUUCAACAAACAGUCAAAGUAUGCAAAAUGUCAACACAAUAAAUUCACCCAAUGCUACUGUUCAAGCUCCUAUAAAUUUCCAAAAUGGUAAAUAUAUUCCUGGAUAUGCAGGACCACCAGAACUUUCAUCUCGAAUCAGUAGUGGAGGUCGUAAUGGUCAACCACAAAAACAUAAUCACUCUAACUCAAUGGAGCAUAUAUCCAGCUAUUCAAUAGCAUGUAACACUUCCAUUCAUCAAUCUCCACAGAAAAUUCCGAUUUCAUCACAACAGCAACUUACCAAUGCAAUAAAAAAUCACAUGUCAAUGAACAAUAAAAAUCAGAAACAUAUGACAGAAAAAGUUGAUACACCACCAUUGCCACCCACUUCAACACAUCCACUAUAUAAAGCUUCAGCUCAACAAAACUUUAACUACGUGGCUAGCAAUAAUGAACCUCCGAAAGUUACUCUUUAUUCUAAUCAAAUGUUACAUCAAGCGACCAAUAAUAAACAAAUAAUUCCAUCGUCUGGGAGUCCGUGGGAAAGAGAAGAACGGGAAAAAGAACAAGAACUUCGUCGAGAACAGAUCCGAUUUUGGCGUGAGCAGCAAAUCACUGAGCUAUCUAAUAUUUGCACUCGCAAUCAUCAGCAAGAGGAGCAAUUAAAAACCCUUCUCCUAGAAAGAGAGUUCGAAAAACGUGCUAUUGAAGAAGAGGUUGCAGAGGAAAGUGAUGAGAAAUAUACAAAAGAAAAUGUUCAAGAGCUGCUAAGGUUAAAUAAUGAAACACGUAAGACUGUUGAGCUUCGAGCACCCAGUAUGAAAGCUAUAAUUUCAAAUGACAAUAGUAAUGAGAUAAUGACAACUGCGUCUAGAGCAGUGCAAAUGAGUGAGAUUAAUUCUUCAAAUAUACCAACUUUAAUGAACACAAAUGUUCAACCGAAAAGCAUAUUGAAACACAAUGUUGUUGGUGGAAACUGUACAUCACCUGUGAAAACUCAAUCUAAAACAACUUCUUUUACUGACAAACCUUUAAAUCUAACAGAAAUCACAAUAAAUAACACAAACGCAAAUCAAAUGAUGUCACAGUUUGGAAAACUAGGCUUAAAUGAUGACUUAGAUGAUCUUCACACAGGAAAUUCAGGAACAAUUCAAGGUUACGAAAGCAAUAUUGAAGUGAUUGCACCUCCUCCCCCAGAGCGAAAUAGCUCAUACGUUAUUAUGGCACACCAACAAAAGCUCCGUUCUGAACAGCAAAAUUUAAUUAACAAUAACACAGGAAAUCAUACUCAACCAACUAACAGUGUUAUUAAAAAUAAUCAAAACAACAAUAUCGUUAUUGCACCUCAAACUGAGUUAACAAAUUAUACUAAUAAAAUUGAUAAUAAGCGAGUAUCCUUUCAUGAUGAGGAUAAUGGUAAUGUGGCAGAAGCAUCAUCUACAAUGUCUGAUCCAAAUGAAAGUGCUAUUGGACAAGCAGAAUUCGCUUUUGUUCGAGAGGAUCCAAAUAAAUUUUUAGAAGAAACAUCCGCGUUGCUACAAUCCUCAACAUCAAUAGAUACUGAACAAUGGAAUUUACAUAUUCAAUCUACGCCAGGUGUAAUUGGAGCACAAGAAGUUUAUAGGGACCCACGAACAAAACGUUUAGCAGAAGAACUUAAUAAAAAACAAUCAGCUGACUCUGUUGUGCCAGAAAAAUUAUCAUUCAAAGAAAAAAUGAAGAUGUUUGCCUUGGAAACGGGAGAAGCGCAGACUCCAAAAGAUAAGUUGAAAAUUUCUAGAGCGCAACGUGAUAUUGACGCUGUACACUAGAUUUAUUUAGCAUCAAAAAUAUUAAAUACAAUCAGCGUCUUUGUUUUGGUUUAAUCAUUUUUCAUCAAUAUUCUGCAUAAAUGUAUUAACGAUUGAUAACAAUAUUUUAAUAAUUUGAUAUUCUACAGAUAAAAUUAUGCAAUUAAUGCUAUUUUUUAACAUUUUUUUCCUGUUUAUUGAUUUAAUAGUUUUAAGCUCUAUUAUCUUUCAGUAAGUGUCAAAAUUCAGUGUUAUGGAAAACAUGUAUUCUAAAAUUUAAUUAAAAAUGUAUUUAGAAAAACCUAAAUGUUGAUUAAAUCAAUGGACCAAAUAUAAAUAUAACUACAAAAAGUAUGAAAACUAAAAACUUAUGAGAAACAAUGAGAAUUAAAAACUUAAAAAAUACAACGCGGAUUUUUGCACAUUUAAAAAAUCUUAUAGGUAGGAGGAAUAAAAACUUUUCCCAGAAGUAGAAAGAAGUUAAAUUUAAAUAUACAAUGUGUACAUUGUACAUGCAGAUCAUGAUAUAACUGUUGCAAAACCUUCUGGAUGGCAUUAAUUUUAAUGGAUUACGAGUUUUAAUUUUAUUUAUAAAAAAGAUAAAUAUUUAGAGAAAGAAUUGAAAAACACCUACAUAUAAUUAUGUAUGUAGUACCUAUUUGUAAUAACUGCUAAAUUAGUAUGAUAUAAUAGUCGGAAAAGUUUUGCAUUUCAUACCACCUAAACAUUAGGAAACAUAUAUGUAUUACAUUUGAAGUGCUUAUCUGAUAAAUCGCACAUACCUACAUCUUUUUGGCAAACUGAGAAUAAUCAAUUUUAAGUUACAAUCAAAAAUAAAAGUGAACUACAAUAUCAAUUUUGCU